UUGAGUUUAAAUCGUCAAAGUAGUUAGCAAGAAUUCAUCUUUUUCGCCUUUAGUAGGCGUCGUUACAGGGAUUUAAAGCCAAGUCCUCAAUCUCUAAAUUCUUAAAAUUCUCCCACAAACCCCAAUUUUUCCAAUAAAAUCCAUCAAAAAUGGCGAUCAAACAGCUUCUCUCUCGAGCUCGCGGGUCCCACAAGCCCUCCUCUUCUUUUUUCACCGUCGUCAGAUCGUCUUCCUCCAAUGCCGAGGAGUUCAUCAAUCCUCCUCCACCAACCGCCAUGAUAUACGACCGGAUUGCCCAUUCCCUCAAAUCAAAGCUCCGAAAACUCGAGAACCCGGAUACCCGUUUCCUCAAAUACGGAUCCCCUCAUCCGACCCAAACCUCCCACACCCACAUCCUAUCUCGACCCGAAACCAGAAUCACAACACUGCCCAACGGCCUUCGAGUUGCCACGGAAUCCACCUCGAAUUCUCAGACGGCCAGCGUCGGGGUGUGGAUCGACGCCGGGUCGAGAUACGAGUCCGACGAAACGAACGGGACGGCGCACUUCUUGGAGCAUAUGAUAUUCAAAGGGACGGAGAAGAGAUGCGCGAAGAGGUUGGGAGAGGAGAUUGAGAAUAUGGGAGGCCAUUUGAAAGCUCACACUUCGAGGGAACAAACGGCUAUUCAUGCCAAAGUUAUGAGCAAGGAUGUCCUUAAAGCCGUGGACAUUUUGGCUGAUAUUUUGCAGAAUUCCAAGUUCGAAGAACGUUGCAUUAUUAAAGAAAGGGAUUUGAUCCUAAGGGAACUGCAGGUAGCCGAAGGACAUACAGAGGAAGAUGUUUUCAAUCAUCUGCAUUCAACUGCUUUCCAAUUCACUCCUCUAGGAAGAAACAUUCAUGGACAAAUCGAUAAUAUCAGGACGAUCACCAAAGAGCAUUUGCAGCAGUAUAUUCAGACACACUACACUACUCCUCGAAUGGUCCUUGCUGCAUCCGGAGCAGUUAAGCACAAUGAGAUUGUCGAGCAAGCGAAGAAGUCUUUUACGAGGUUGUCAUCGGAUUCGACCACUGCUACUCAGUUAGUUGCAAAAGAACCAGCUAGUUUUACAGGUUCUGAGGUUAGAAUUAUCAAUGACUAUGUUCCCCUAGCAAAAUUCGCCAUUGCUUUUGAGGCAACAUCUUCGACAGAUCCGGAUUCCAUUGCGCUAACGGUUAUGCAGGAGAUGCUGGGGUCAUGGAACAAAAACGCUGGGGGUGGAAAGCACAUGGGCUCCGAGCUGGCACAAAGAGUUAGCAUAAAUGGAAUUGCAGAAAGCAUGAUGGCUUUCAGUACCAACUAUAAAGAUACCGGUCUUUUCGGUGUCUAUGCUGUUGCAAAGCCCGAUUGUUUGGGGGAUUUAUCAUUUGCUAUUAUGUCCGCGAUAACCAAGUUGGCUUAUCGAGUUUCAGAAGAUGAUGUGAUUCGUGCUCGUAAUCAGUUGAAGUCAUCCUUGAUGCUUCAUACAGAUGGGCCUAGUCCCAUAGCUGAAGACAUCGGACGCCAGCUACUUACAUACGGACGGAGAAUCCCAUUUGUGGAAUUAUUUGCUAGGAUUGAUGCUGUCGAUCCAAGCACCGUUAAACGAGUUGCGAACCGAUUUGUAUACGACAGGGAUAUGGCGAUCUCUGCGAUUGGCCCCAUCCAGGAUUUGCCAGACUACAACUGGUUCAGACGCCGUACCUACUGGAACCGAUAUUAGAUUAUAUUUUGCUCAA